AUGACAAAGCAAAAUAUCAUUUGCGAUACGACAGGCCACCCAAACCCAGAAGCAACUCUUGUCUCUUUUACUCCGCUUAACAAGGUAUCCUCAAUUAACCGAGUUCUUCGCAACCUGGCGGCGCAGAAGGAGAAGUCAAGUAACCAGCAGACCAACUCCGAUUGCUCCACUCCUGUAUACGAGCGUCUACGAUUGCUUGGUGCUCCGGGAUCGACGCCCGCGUGGCCAAGGGCGCCUUGGCCAGCGCAAAUCGACACUAGGACUCCGCCAUAUCAAUUACACAGCCUAAGUCCGGGCCCACAGACUAUCAGCUGCGGCUCAGAUAUACCUACGCUGAAGAAAGGUGAAGAAGCUCUAGAAGGCCUAGAGGGCUUGCAUUCCGAUGAAACGGGCUCGGGAGACAACUCAAAUGCAGGCUCCAGUGGCGCGGAUGAUGACGCCGCGCGACUGCGGCUUAAACGAAAGCUACAACGGAACCGCACUAGCUUCACUAAUGAGCAGAUCGACAGCCUGGAAAGAGAGUUCGAGCGAACCCACUAUCCAGAUGUCUUCGCUCGGGAACGACUCGCAGCUAAAAUAGGUCUACCUGAAGCUCGGAUACAGGUGUGGUUCUCGAAUCGUCGUGCGAAGUGGCGGCGCGAGGAGAAGAUCCGGUCGCAACGACGUAGUCCCGAGUGCGCGUUCGCUGCGCAGACGCACGCGCCUACGCAUCCGACGCAUCCCACGCAUCCGACACAUCCCACGCACCCGACGCAUCCCACGCAUCCGACGCAUCCCGCGCAUCCGUCGCAUCCGACGCAACCUCCGCAUCCGACGUAUCAGCCGCCUCUCAAUGUUGAUACUUACAGCCCCCUCAAUCCGAUGGGCUAUGGAGGUGGGAUAUCGGAGGCGGCACUAUGCGAGGGCGGCGAGGCGGAGCUGUGCAAGGGCGGCUUCGGCGGCUACCCGCGCUACGAGCUGGGCUACCGCGCGCCGCACGCCUACGUCAACCACAACUACCAGCACGAGCCCACCUCGCCCACGCCAGGUAACUAUCCACCUCGCCACCCUCAGGCUACCGCGCGCCGCACUCCUACGUCAACCACAACUACCAGCACGAGCCCACCUCGCCCACGCCAGGUAACUAUCCACCUCGCCACCCUCAGGCUACCGCGCGCCGCACGCCUACGUCAACCACAACUACCAGCACGAGCCCACCUCGCCUACGCCAGGUAA